AUUUCUUUACACAAGUUUUCAACAUUUGGGUGAGAGUGGACGUAGGCAUGGAUAAAGGAAGUUUUAGAUAUUUUAUUUAUUCUUUAUUGAUUACUUUAUCAACUAUAUCACUACGUGUUACAACAGCCGAAGAGUCUUGCGAAGAGUCUUUGAACCAUACACAGCAAAAUAACUAUCUCUACGUAAAUUUGUGGAGUGGUUGGCGUUUUUCGGACUUGACAUGGCACAACAUGACUUUAUGGGAUGGACAUAUGCAGAUACCAGAGAAAGACCAUGUAGCUUUGGAAUGUUUUACUACUUUGGGAAAUCUAUUAGUGAUAGCAGACAAGCAUCCUAACAUCGAGGAUUUAACUGAAAACAUAACUGAUGUAAAGGCGUGUAUCAUAGAUGAAAAUCAAAAGUGUAUAAAUCACAUGAAUGUCCUUAUCAGAAAAUGCAAUGGGAAUUUAUUGUACAAAUUUGUGCUGUCCAACAUUAGCAGUGGACAUGCUUAUAUUUGCUUUGAUAGAAUAUAUUCAGGAAUCCCUUGCAAAGACGCCAUAUCAAUAGAGCAGAAUGGAAAUCCGAGUAAAUAUGGCAAUAUCUUGAAAUUCACUCCUAGUGUGGUUGGACUGAUACAUCCGUCGAAGGGAUACAGUAUGUUUGGCCUUCUCUUGCGGACAAAGACAUUAUAUUCGAUGAAUGUUCAGUGGCAAGAGAAAGUUAUUGGUACAUAUUUUCACAAGAACCUUUACCAAGUGAUAUAGGUGAAGAGGCAAAACGGAUAGUUGUGUGCUAUGUAUCCAAAUCGUUUGGCUAUAACCAUGUCAAUUAUGAUGGGAAAGGAAAUUGUCAUUAUUAUGUUUAUGUCAGAUCAUGCAAUGGAAAUCUCCAAUACGAUUUAAGUGCAGCUACCUAUUACUGGCGUGAAAUCUGUUUAAUUCACUACAACAAUGUUAAAGUACAUCCGAGGAUCGUUCAUGAAGAAAAUAUAAUUAUAGAAGAAGGGAAAGAAAUAGCCAUGUACACUAGUAGUCUGCAAUAUAGAUGUUCCUUUGAUGUCAUGGAAAACACACAGUAUAAAGCAAACUGGUAUAUAAACGGAACCUUUCAAGUACAAAUGGGGCCAUCGUCUGAUCUUGAUGAUUUGGUGUUUAAAGAAAAUUAUCUGACCACUUUGAAACAUGGAUACGAGGUUACUUGUGGAAUAUUCCCAGCGGCUGAAAAUGAUUCCACGGAAGCUGUGAGUGAUGCUUACUACGCCGGAUGGAAAAUUCAAAAUGAAAACAUCAUACUAAGUAAAAGUGGAGUUGCUACUGUCACAAUUGAGCAAACUAUUCCGUUAGGAUGUUCUUACAGGGAAGACGAUGCAGGAAACUGUCUGGAAACGUUAUCGUUUGAGGACGUUGUAAAUAAGGCUGAUGACUGUAGCGGCCGAAUAGAAGUAAAAAGUUAUGAUGAUCCAAGCAAACCGUUGAUAGAAAUUAAGAAAUUGAGAAAAGGUGAGGUGUGGGCAAAAAAAGAAUAUAGAGCAUUAUUUUCAACUUUAGACAAUAACUAUGACGAUAGGACGGAUUUUGACCUUUUAUUGCUAUUGACAAAUAAUAGCAUUGGUUACAUCGGGGAGAUACAUAUAGUUGGCGCAGUUCAUGUGGUUAUAGUAGACAUAAAAAGACACUGGAAUAAAAGAUGUUAUUCGCAUGUCGACCCGCAUAUGAAAACUGUAGACGGCAUACAUUACGAAGCACAAAAAGAGGGAGACUACAUGUUGUUCUUGAAUGAAAAAUAUCAAACUGAGAUACAGACAUCGGCAAGGUAUUGUAGCCCUGGUAACACACGUGCUGUUUGUGCUUGUGGAAUAGCAAUCGCUGUCGGCGCGGAUGUUUUGAUAAUUAACAUAUGCCAUGACAGGCCUUUCAAGUUCGAUCUUUCAUGUGUUGAUGGUGGCAAUAUUGACAUUAUAUUUAUUCACGAUUACAGAUAUUUGGUUCGAACACCAAUUGGUACAAUGAUUGAAAUACUAUUAUGGGGUCACGUUAUGAACAUUGACGUGUACAUGUCCCCCAAAGAUUUUGGAAAUGUGGCCGGACUUUGUGGAAACUUUGACGGGGACAGAUCUAAUGAUCUUGAACAUAGGGAUGGAACUAUUUCUUAUGAUAACAACAGAAGUUACAGAUUUGCUGAUAGUUGGAGAUUAACGGACGAAGAAAAUCUGUUUAAGAACCCAAACCGUAAACUUGAUCAUUGGAAUAGGAAUAAUUUUGGCAAAACAUGUACAAGCCCAAAUUCAAUAACAACAAAAAAAUGCAAGCUUAGGAAUAGGCAAAGGCAAAUACGUUCCAUUUCUGAACCCUCUGAGACGAAGAUGAAUAAACAAUAUCGUAUUUUAUCGUCGCGAAAAAAGAGAAACACAAUCAUUUUAACAGAGGACGAGGCAUUCCAAUUAUGUAAUCAUUCAAUCUAUACAACACCAGCAGUCCAAGAAUUUCCGGAUCAUCUCGCCGAGGAAGAUCCAGAUAUUGUCGUAGAACAAUGUGUUUAUGACUUAACGCAAGGAAAUGACACAGCUUGGAUUGAUGCUCACGUGUCUGUUUUGAACAAUGCUGUAGAUACAAUUCUAAGAAUGAGUCCAGGUUUUGUUGCAAACAACACAGAAAAAGUAAACUCGUUUCGCAUUGAAACUUGUCUAAAUAACUGUAGUGGAAAUGGAUUCUGCGCCAUCACUGGACUUUGUGAAUGCAGUGGAACUUUCAAAGGGCCUGCCUGCAGUAUUGAUAUAAGAAUUCCACCGGUUGUAUUUGAAAUAGAAGGAGACGGAGUUUGUACCGUGACGGAUGAGGACGAUUGCACAUGUUUCCAAAUACGGACAGACAACAUAUUUGAUGGUUUUAUGUGCAAUAUCACCCAGUUCAAGGUGUACUCCAAUGGUUCACGUGUGGAAGGAAGUGUAUCAACAGAUCUUGGUUAUUACGAGGAUAUCUUUACUGGCGAAUGCUGUGUCCCUGUGAUGAUAAAAAACAGCUCCUCUGUUUUAAACGACAAAACUGACAAACUGUUUGUCAUCAUGUACGAAAUUUCUAUUAGCAAUGAUGGUGCAAAUUACGGGGAUGUUAACCCCGUCUAUAUCUAUGAUACUAAAUGUAUUGAACGGGUUGAGAUCAAUGAUGCAGUUACCUUCAAACUAAAGGAUAGUUUUUGCUUCAUUGAUGCUGUGUGCAUUGCUCAGAACCUCGACAAUGGUACAUGCUUUAUAUGUAAUCCUGCAAACGAUCCGUACGGUUGGACAAAGGAUGAUUGUAAAGACUCUGGUACUGAAAUAGGAACAGGGAUUAUUGUAGGAAUCGUUAUUGGAUCGACAUUGUUUGUCGUACUCAUAUCAGUAUUGAUAUACAUUUUUGCAUGCAAAGUUUUAAAGAAACACAGUUCAUCUAUUGGCGUUCAACAGAAGGCAAUGGUUCCAACGCAUAACUUGCAAUCAAAGAUGCCGCACCAGAAGCAAAGUGCGAAAAUUCAGAUCUCUGCUAGACCAAAUAUUGAACAGAAUAUAAUGAUUGGUACAGCACAUCACAUGAACCAAAUCACUGAAAUGUUACAUGUAGAGAAAGGUGCCUCGGCUCAGGAAACCGAUGUAUUUUACACACCGAUCGACAAGUAUGAAACCGACGACUUAGAACGUAAAGUUGCAACACCAAGCGAAAGUAAACUAAAGAGAGACAUUUCAUUUAUCAACAUUGAACUUGAGUGAAAGUCCGCGUAUCAUUUCCAACAUGAAUCAAGACAAAUGCAUUUUGAAGCAUAUAUAAUCUCAUGUUGACUUUUUGUACAUAUUAAUUUACGCUGAUAACGUUUUGAUUGUCAACAUUACGAUUGCAAGUUUAUGCAUAAAUUGAUUGUUUUAUUCACUAAAUUCCUAAUGGACUAUUUCACUACAAAUCUAUUUUAUCGGAUGAGAGAUGUCGUUUGUUUUUAAUGCAAUAAAAUCAGUAUAUUCCCUAA